UGAUGGAUCUGCCGUCUCUUCCUGCUUUCUGUUCGCCGGCGCUCCACAUCCAUGGCCAAGCAUGGCAGCAGCAAAUCCAGGAAACCCGAUAAUCUCGGCAAGGGGAAGGUUACUAGCAUCCAGAUCGCCUUCAUCGUCGAGCGCUACCUCGCCGACAACCACUUCGACGCCACCCUCGCCGCCUUCCGGUCUGAGGCUUCCGACCUCUUCGCCAAAACCAAGGCCAAAGAGGUGCCUAAGGGGUUGCUAGGGCUAGGCGAGAUGCUUGACGAAUAUAUCAGCCUCAAGGCACAACGAGUGAUGCUGGACCACGAGCGGCGGAGGGUGGAGAUGGCGUUGCAGGGGAUGCAGGAGGUUCUGCGGGCAUACCACUCCGCCGGGACGACUCCUAUUCCUCCGUCGACUCAUCUUCUUCCUACCCAGCAGGUGGCAGCCCCAGUGACACCGAUCCUUCCCACAUCGCACCCCAGUAGUAGUGGUUCUCCUCCAGGUAAUGCAAUUAAUGGAAUACCUGCUGUGAAAUAUGUACAACCAUCCACUGCGCUUAUUCAGAAAUCUCCAAUGCCCAAUUCUUCCAAUGUGAACAAGAGAAAAUCAAUGAAGCCUUCACCAAAUUAUCCUUUAGAGCCAAAGAAACUGCGGACUCAUUCACCUAAUUUUUCAUCUGCAGUUGGAGAUGUCACAUUGGCUUCCAAAGGUGCUUCUAAUACAAAAAGUCAAGAAAAAAUAGGGAUAUCCACUCCAAAUGCUGAAUCUACCAAUUUAGCAACAUUGCUAUCUGCAGGAAAGAGUUCUUGUAAGCAACCAGCCGUUUGCCAGAUAAAUUCUUCACCUAGAACGCCUCCACAAGCAUUCCAACCUCAACUUGACCAAUCUGGUUCCCCUUUGGAAAAUGCCUCUUUGCAAACCAGUGAUUGUGCCAUGUAUAACCAAACUGCUCCUUCCAAUUGCAAUAUAAUAGCUUCUGAAACUAUAAUAGUCAGCCCCCUCAAGAAUGCUGGGUAUUAUGCAGUUGAGAGGAGUUACCAUAUUAGUUCACCUUAUAAACUCAAUUCAAAAAGCAAGAGAGGGCACAUAAAGGGAAAGUUGGACUUCGAUAAUCCAAUUGUCACUGCAAGUGUUGAUGAACCAGUUGUAGGAAGUUCUACAUUAGGUGAAGGUGAACUGUCUGGAAAUUUGGACAUUGAUCUUCCAGAUUUCAGUAUCUUCAAUGGUGAUUUUUCUUUCUCUGAAUUCUUAGCUGAGAUUGGUCUUGACUGUGAAGUUGAUCCUUCCUUUCAGUCAUGCUCUUCAAUUGUUUCUUCAGUUACUAGUUACACUGACAAUGCUAUAAGUGGAUGCUCACCAUCUGAUCAACCGGACAGCUCAUUCUCUCCGGUUUCUGAUAAGGAAAUGAACGUUCAAGGCGAAGAUUGUGUUGGCUCUGUAAAAGCUGUAAGAAAGUUUGUUAAAAUUGUAAGCCCUGUUAAAAGCAAUAUUCUAGCGAAGCAAUACACCUGAAAAAGAGUGAAUGGUUUACUGUUGAUAACAACUAAUUUGCCUGACUUAGAAGGAACGAAGGAUGCUUGGAGUUCUACCAAAUUCUUUCGAGUUCUGACUCUUCAUGCUAAUUUGCAGUUUCUAUGUAAUAUCAUGAAAUUUGUUUACCUUCCUCUCUUUCCUCAGAAUCAUUGUGGUUUAAUGGUUUGAAUUUGUAUCAAACUUAUCUCUCAACGAAGAAC